CCGUCGUGUAGAGCGCACGUAUCUAACGUAUUAUUACAAAUUGUCAUACUAUUUCUAUCGUGAUCAAAUUGUGGAUUAUCUAUGGUGACAGUGGAUUUCACGGUGGUGUGUGUGUGUUGAAAUAAAUUUUGUGUGUGUUUGUUUUCUGGCGUUCGAAUAUUUGACAAAAGCUGUUAAGAAAGGACGUCAUUCAACAUAACAAUAAUACACUACAGAUUGAAACUUCAAUAGUGUUCUAUGAUAAACCACGAUCGUCAAAAAUGAAGAUCAUAUAACCGAAAAUGUGUAAACGGAUGGUCGAAACAAAAAUAGAAAGAGUGAGAAAGAAAAAGAGAACCAUUGCUGAUUUCUGAUUUGUGGAGAAUAUAAUUAUGGUGGCGAUUCAGGUCUUUGAUAUUCAGGCAGAGGCUACCGUGACAAACGUUAAGCGUGAGAGAUAAAGGCUAUAUACCAUAUGGAUCAAGUAAACGUUACACGCAAUGUGACCAACGGGACGUCAAGGGACGAAGAAUGGACGGACUCCGUGCUGUUCAAGAUAAGGACCGCGGUGCUGCUGCUCAUCGUGAUAAUGGCGGUGCUGGGAAACCUGCUCGUUAUUGUCAGUGUUAUGAGGCACAGGAAACUACGUGUCAUCACGAACUACUUCGUCGUGUCCCUGGCGUUCGCUGACAUCCUCGUAGCAAUGGUGGUGAUGCCGUUCAAUUUUAGCGUUCAAUUCUACAACGAAUGGAUAUUUGGCACAGUUAUAUGUGAUCUGUGGAACUCGUCUGAUGUCUACUUCACGUCUACAUCAAUUUUGCAUCUGUGCUGUAUAUCUGUGGAUAGAUAUUACGCGAUUGUUAAGCCUCUAAAGUAUCCUAUAAAGAUGACAAAAAAGAUGGCGUUCGUAAUGUUAGCAGCGACCUGGCUAAGCCCUAUAACAAUAUCCUACGCUCCAAUAUUCAUGGGCUGGUACACCACGAGCGAAUUCAUACGGAACAGAGUGCAAAACCAAUGCGAGUUUAAAGUCAACAAGCCGUACGCUGUGAUAUCUAGCUCCAUAUCCUUCUGGAUACCCUGCACUAUCAUGAUAUUCACCUACCUCGCUAUAUUCAAAGAGGCAAACCGCCAAGAAAAAGCGCUGCACGCUAGAGCAGGCAAUGCCAUGCUAAUGCAUCGGCAUUCAAGAGAAGUAGGUGACAAGAACGGUGCUUUACAUAUCAACGCGACCACACCAACCAAAGAUAGGAAUAUCCUCAAAAUGAAGAGGGAACACAAAGCAGCGAGGACGUUAGGCAUCAUUAUGGGAGCGUUUAUCCUCUGCUGGCUGCCGUUCUUCCUCUUCUACGUGUCCACGUCCUUGUGUGACACCUGUGUUUACCCCGAAGUAUUGACUGUGAUCAUGUUCUGGACUGGUUACUUCAAUUCAGCAUUGAAUCCCAUCAUUUACGCGUACUUCAAUCGCGAUUUCCGAAAUGCUUUCAAGAACACGCUCGCGUGUGCGUUCUGCAGUUUCUGCCGGCGGAAUUCGAUGGACUCAGAUGCGUUAGAGAGAUUGGACCGACGCGGUUCAGCUCAGCUCAGAGUGCCAAUCCCUUCUAGAAGACAAUCCGAUCUAGCGUCACUUUGAGUGUCACCAAACUUUGACGUUUCGACCGUAUGACGGGCCUAGUGUUUCAACGAAUGAUUAUUGUGUACUUAGUAGCAGUGAUGUAAAUAUUUAUACUAGUGAAUUUAAAAGUGCGAGUUCCUUAUGUUUCGAAGUAAAUUAUUUUUCAUAUUCUAAUGUAGAUUUAAGGACGUUAGUGACGAUUAUAAAUUAUAGUGUUAGUGAAUAGAUAGAUGUAAGUGAAUAUAAACGAACUCAUCUGUAAUUUAUUGUAUACUAUUCUCUGUUUUAUAUCCUUAAUCAUAAAGUCUAGAAUGUUCUUAAUCAUAUAUCACAUAGACAAUUGUAAAUACUAUAGAACGUAUAGCUAAUGUUAGUGAAUGCCCAAAAAUGAAUGAAGGCCAAAAAUUUACAUCAAUGUUAAGAUCAAAUAAAGAUACGUAAGCUAGUUUAGUGUUGUAAUUUAGUGAAGAAAAUAAGCAAUAAGUAGAUAAAUAGAAACUAGAAGACUAUAGAAUUAAAGAACUGAGAUUUGCAAACUCUUGUAGUGAAUCAAAUAGCUAACAUUGUAUUAUCGAAGUACAUCUAAGUAGAAAAUCUUUCAGAACAAUAUUGCUUGUAACAGGAACGUUACAAGUUGUAAACAAUCUCGACAUCUAGUCUAUAGCCGAAGGCGCUUUGUAUAUAACCAUUAUCGAUAAUGUAUAUACGUAAUAUUUAGAUUUAUCGUUAUUAUAGGAAGAUACGAUAAUAUGGGGACACAACGCUUCAAUAGAAAGGUUUUUAAAAAUAAUUGAUGUGCUAUUAACUUUAUCAGAUUUUGGUGUUUGGUGUCGUGUUAAUCGAUUAAUGUAUUAUUGUUCUAAUUAAAUUACUAACUUAUACUACAAUAUUUGACGAUGGUGAAAUUGUUUGACUUGAUGUACAUAGUACGAAACUACACUUAUUUAAGAAUGAAAAUGAAUAUUAUAAUACCUCAGUGAGUCUAAUGAAUAUCUAAGCAAUAAAUAACUAACUAUAUCAUUUGCUACGAAAAGAAAUCAACCAAAUAUAAAUGUACAGCAAUAUAACUUCAAUAACUUCUAGCUUGAAAA